AUGAAGCAUUGGCCAAACUGGCAACAAGUUGUGGCUGGGCUGGGCUUUGACGUGUCCGAGCACAUGGGCAAAAGCCGACAAGCAGUGGUGGCCAAAGGAGGGGAUGCCAGCGACUCUGAGCAGGAGCACUGGUUCUCAACCGAAGCGUUGUUAAGCCUUCUGGUUCACUGGAUGGCCGUCGCGCUUGAUGGCACUCGCAUCGGCAAGCCCGGAUUGGAAGUGGUCCUGAUGCCGGCCACAGACCUUGUGAACCUGCGACACUGCGUCCUCCCCCCACAGGCCAUCACGUUCUUCUAUCGUCAGCGACAUGAUCCUCUGCAAGAACGGGAGUGUCCCGAGCCGUGGCAAAUUGUUGCCAAGGAAGAGUCAAAAGAGAAGACUUGCAAGAAAGAGCCGGGGCAACUUGUUGCCAAGGAAGAGUCAAAAGAGAAGACUUGCAAGAAAGAGCCGGGGCAACUUGUUGCCAAGGAAGACUCAGAAGAGAAGCCUUGCAAGAAUAAACGAGACAAGCAAGCAUCAAAGGACGAUGAGAGCAAACGGUCCAGCAAACGUAUGCGUUUGACGUUGGAAGAGGUACAGCUCAUCUUAGACUCUCGCAGAGAACCGCACAUUACUACGAUGCUCAGGGGAGAGAUCGAGGCACUCAAGGCGAAGAUGGCGGCCAGGGACCGAAACAUCUACAAUCUCCUGGUGCAGCUUAAGGGAGAGUAUCAGGCCAAGAAUUUUCUCGAGUUGGGUGCAUUGAUGAAGUGA